AACCGACCUCUGAAUCAUGACGUUGCUCAUUGGAGAUAUGCAGAUUUUUCCAUCAAGGUAGACUGUUCGCACGUGCAAGAGGCAGCCGGUGUUGGGAGAAUCACACUGAAGCCUUGAAGGUGGGACGGUAGCCAACAUCCGGUGAAAUUGCAGGAAGAAGGAAGAGGAUCGGACAGUGUUCCCUGCAGCAGGGUGAUGGACAGUUAAGACCGCUACGAUGACAGACGACUCCUUCACCGGCCCCUCCACCAAGCUGUCCUUCCAUCUGGCAGCCAUCCGCGUGAUCAACCUGCCUCAUACCCUCUAUAACUCCCUCUCCCAGGUGAGCCUCAGUACAGGCACUAAGAAAGUAGUUGCUGCUACAGCCUUCGGCGCAGUGUCUCUCCUCUUCCUCGCCCGUCACUUCCAGAGGAGGAAAGGCAGGAAGAAGGGAGUCCAGUCACCCCAGUGGGAGCAGACAGGGAACUUUCAGUUUCCGGACCUGGCAGUUCACCAGGAGAAAGAUGCCUGCAGUUGCCAGAACCUCAGCCUGUCUCUCAACUGUAAGAAUGUCUACGCCUGUGGCCUUCUGCCCAACGGAGGACCUUACAGCAAGCUUUCUGUGUCACUACAGAGUCUGGCCUCGGUAAAGAGUAUCAACUCAUCCUGUACCUGCGCUAACAGCUCUACCUGCUGGGACAAACCUGGAGAUGAAGACAUCUCUAAUGUAGUCAACAUCCCUGUUACCACGCCUCAAAUACUCUACCUCAGGGGUAUGGAGCUGUUUGAGGAGGCUCUGAGGCGGUGGGAGCAGGCCUUAACCUUUAGUGGCAGACCAGAGGAGGAGGAGCCUGACUGUUCCUCUAUUAUGCUGGGGGCUGGAGACUCCACAGCUGAGGAGAGUAUAGAGGACCUGAUCAGUGCAGAGUUUGUCCACAAGCUGGAGCUUCUCCUCCAGAGAGCCUACAGACUACAGGAGGAGUUUGAAGGAGCUCUGGGCGUCUCUGAACCUUCCUCACACAGCGGCAGCCACGAUAAAAGUCGUGUGUUUUGUAGAGAUGAUCUGGAUGAUGUGUCCUGUCUCAAAGACUCCGUCAGCAUGGCCUCCAACGACUCCUUCAUGUCUGCUGCAGAGUUGUCAGAGCAGCACAGGGAGCUGCGUAGUGCCUAUGUCCUGGGCUCAUGCAUAGCUAUUAACCCCUUCUAUGAGGAGGCCAUACAGUUGGCCGAGGAGGGAAAGAUCUCCUGCAGAGUACACAGGACUGAGCUGCUGGAGUGUCUUGGGGACACCGACUUCCUGGCCAAGUUGCACUGUGUGCGGCAGGCCUGUCAACUGAUUCUGUGUGAGAGGGCAACGAGGACGUUUCUGGCCGAAACCGGAAAGAAGAUACUGUCUUCCAUAAUUGUAAAAGCGCACAAGAGCCCGAAGAGGUUUGAAGAAGUGUUUGAGGAGAUGAUUGUUUUUCUGGAGCACCCGGAACACUGGGUGAACACCGAGGUGGAGCUGGCCACGAGAGGGGUGAAACACCUGAACUUCUAUGACAUCGUGUUGGACUUCAUCCUGAUGGACUCGUUUGAGGACCUGGAGAAUCCUCCCAUCUCCAUCCAGAACGUUGUCAACAAUCGUUGGCUCAACUCGUCCUUCAAAGAGACCGCGGUGGCGUCUAGCUGUUGGUCGGUGCUGAAGCAGAAGAGACAACACAUGAGGGUGCAUGAUGGGUUCAUAGCCCACUUCUACUCUGUGUGUGAGCAGGUCAGUCCUGUCCUGGCCUGGGGCUUCUUAGGGCCCAAGACUUCCCUGCACGACUUCUGCUGCUUCUUCAAGGAUCAGGUGCUGUUCUUCCUGAAGGAUGUCUUUGACCUGGAGAAGGUUCGUUACUGCAGUGUGGAAACUCUCGCUGAGGACAUGCUCCACCUCCUCCAUCGCCGGUCUGAGCUGCUGUUGGCCUACCUGGGGGCCGACUCCCACUCCCUGCAGCACAUCAACAGCUGCAUCACUGCCACCCCCCUCACCACAACAGCCAGCCCCCAACUCCACCCCUCCGCCCUGGAAGAGGCAGUGGGAAGCCAGAUCUACCCCUAGAUCUGAGAAGAUUAAAUGGGUCUCCAAAAGUGCAUUGGGGGGGGGGGGGUUGAUUUGGGAUUGGGCAAGAGACACCCAGUCCCAAAGUAACUGCUAGCCACUUAUGGAGAAUGGAUAAGGGGGUUGAUUGGGCAGAGACUGAGCUAGUGUCACAACCCAGAUUGACAGAGAUGUCUUUAUGAAGGCCCCAUAUAAUGGUGACUGACUGGAACAUUUUCAUACCUUUCUGUCGCUUCUUCUCUCCACAGACAAUGAUCAUGGUGUCUGUGCAUGUUAUAAUGUGGAUGUUUCCCCAUACGAAAUCAUGCUUAAAGUAACCCUUUGGAAUGAGUGAUGUUUUUGACAGAAUGAGUUUUCAUUGUAAAUGCAGACAGUAUUUUAAUGGGACUAUGGACUAUGAGGGUUGCAAAAUUCCAGUAAGCUUUCCAAAAUUCCCAGACAUGUUUGGUUAGAAGAUUCCUGGAAUCGGGAGAAAAUAAGCAUGAAAUCUGGGAAUCCUCCAACUGGAAUUGCAGGAAAAAUUUUGGGGAAGUUCCCAGAAUUUUGCAAACCUAGACAUCAGUCUGAGCUGUUUUAGAAGCUAAACACUGCGGUUUCAUUUAGGUAUUUAUUUGACUGGCAUCUAGAUAUUUAGAGGUCAUGGUAUGCAACUGUCCUCUAGACGUCUAGGGAAAGAACCAUGACACAAAGGUUUUAUAUGGUCAUUUCAUUAGUCUAAUAUAAAGUAUAGGGUUUUACUGCUCUAGUAUGUUGAUAAUGGGGCAAGUCAAGAGGAUGCUACGAAAUGAAAUGUCAAUGUAGGUUUCUUUGCCCUAUCAUUUUAACUAUUUAAUGAUUCAUUGUGUGAUUUAUCUACAAUAUAACCUUCAUGUACUUGCCGGUGUUGAUUUAAAGUAGAAUGUUAAUUUGCUGUGACCAUUGCUAGUUUCUAUGGCGAUUUAAGGGAAAGACAUCAGGAACAGGUUAUCGGAGGGGGGAGGUAUUGAAAUGGGGGAUAAUUUCUGUUUGGUAUUCCGCGUAUUUAAUUUAGAAAAGGCCCAUGUUUUCACUCACGAACCUGCGGCAACUAGUUUGCUCGUCAGUUGACGUUCAAAGUUAGCGCUGUUCUGCCGUUGAUCAUGCCUGUUACAUCAUUCCAUUUACUCUGAACAUGCUAAAUUCUGAGUAAAUCUUAACUUUUGAACCAUA